AAGCGCUCGCGCUCAGAGAAACUGAGAGAGAGAGAGAAGGAGAGGUAGAGAGGUAGAGAGAGAGAGAGAGAGAGAGGAGCGGAUCCGCUCGGAGUUCUGGUCCUGGUUCUGGUUCUGGUUCCGGUUCUGCUAUGGCUGAUCUGAUCCACCUCCACGAUUCUUCCGCCGCGCUCGCGAACCGCUUCGCCCGUAAAGGCGCCCUGCGGCAGAAGAACGUGCACGAGGUGAAGAACCACAAAUUCAUCGCGCGCUUCUUCAAGCAGCCCACCUUCUGCAGCCACUGCACCGACUUCAUCUGGGGAUUUGGCAAGCAAGGAUUCCAGUGCCAAGUGUGCUGUUUCGUGGUGCACAAAAGGUGCCAUGAGUUUGUCUCAUUCUCCUGUCCAGGAGCCGACAAGGGUCCAGACACAGACGACCCGAGAAGCAAGCACAAGUUCAAGAUCCACUCUUACGGCAGCCCAACGUUCUGCGAUCACUGUGGCUCUCUGCUGUACGGACUCAUCCACCAAGGGAUGAAAUGUGACACCUGUGAUAUGAAUGUACAUAAGCAGUGUGUGAUGAAUGUGCCAAGCCUGUGCGGUACGGACCACACCGAACGCAGGGGACGCCUCUACCUCAAGAUCGAGGUCAGCGGAGACAGACUCCACAUCACAGUUGGAGAAGCGCGAAACUUAAUUCCCAUGGACCCAAACGGACUUUCAGACCCGUACGUCAAACUGAAACUGAUCCCGGACCCCAAAAACGAGACCAAGCAGAAAACCAGGACCAUCCGCUCCUCCCUCAACCCCACCUGGAACGAGUCCUUCACAUUUAAACUAAAGGCUGCAGAUAAAGAACGGAGAUUGUCGAUAGAGGUGUGGGAUUGGGACAGAACCACCAGAAAUGACUUCAUGGGCUCGAUGUCGUUCGGAGUGUCGGAGCUGAUUAAAGCACCAGUGAGUGGCUGGUAUAAGAUGCUGAAUCAGGAGGAGGGCGAGUACUAUAACGUUCCCAUUCCUGAAGUGGACGACAUUAACCUGGAGUUACGGCAGAAGUUUGAGGCCUGUCAGCUAAAUAUCCACUUCUUAAAGAAAGCUAAACUGGGUCCAGGAAAGAAGGUGAUCACGCCAUCAGACCACCGGCGCUUCAGCCUCCCCUCCAGCAACAUGGACCGAGUCCGGCUCAACGACUUCCACUUCCUGGCCCUGCUGGGGAAGGGCAGCUUCGGCAAGGUGAUGCUGGCGGAGAUGAAGUCUACAGAAGAGCUGUACGCCAUCAAGAUCCUGAAGAAGGACGUGGUGAUCCAGGAUGAUGAUGUGGAGUGUACCAUGGUGGAGAAGAGGGUUCUGGCUCUGAGAGAUAAACCGCCCUUCCUCACCCAGCUCCACUCCUGCUUCCAGACUAUCGACCGGUUGUAUUUUGUGAUGGAGUAUAUUAACGGAGGGGAUCUGAUGUAUCACAUUCAGCAAGUGGGAAAGUUUAAAGAGCCUCAGGCAGUGUUCUACGCUGCUGAAAUCGCUGUGGGUCUAUUUUUCCUACAUAGGAAGGGAAUCAUAUACAGAGAUCUGAAGCUGGAUAACGUGAUGCUGGACUCGGAGGGUCACAUUAAAAUCGCGGAUUUCGGCAUGUGUAAGGAGAGCAUGUACGAGGGCAUGACCACGCGCACCUUCUGCGGCACUCCGGACUACAUAGCACCUGAGAUCAUCGCGUAUCAGCCGUACGGUAAAUCGGUGGACUGGUGGGCGUACGGCGUGCUGCUGUACGAGAUGCUGGCCGGUCAGCCUCCGUUUGACGGCGAAGACGAGGACGAGCUGUUCCAGUCCAUCAUGGAGCACAACGUCUCCUACCCCAAAUCCAUGACUAAAGAAGCCGUUUCCAUCUGUAAAGGGUUGAUGACGAAACACCCGUCUAAGAGGCUUGGCUGUGGUCCAGAAGGAGAGCGAGACAUUAAGGAGCAGGCCUUUUUCCGCAGGAUCGACUGGGACCGACUGGCCAACAGAGAGAUCCAGCCCCCAUUCAAACCCAAAGUAUGUGGAAAAGCUGCGGAGAACUUCGAUAAGUUCUUCACGCGUACCCAGCCCAUGCUGACUCCGCCAGACCAGCUAGUCAUUGCCAACAUCGAUCAGAGCGAGUUCGCCGGCUUCUCCUUCAUCAACCCUCAGUUCCUCCACCCCACCGUCCACGGCAGCGUGGUAUGAGGACCUGACGCACCACCCAAACCCCAAAACUCCAAAACCCCAUAUCUCCAAACUCCAGAACUCCACAGUGCAGCGGGCGAUGGCCUCCGCCCCUCUACCGACUCUAUAAACCCGUCGAUACUGAUAAACACUGACAACCCUUUACCAGAGCGGACUGGAGCGGAGGCCCAGCGCACGGGGGAGGGACUCCUCGGGCCGAACGGAGCGAAAGCAUCACUAAAGCAACAGCGAGCAUGUUUCUACUGUAUGUCUGUGUGACGCAACAUAUUUAAUCGUACGUGGCAGCGUUUCGUAAGUUCACCAUCAAAGGUACGAAGGCUUUACAGCACUGACUGACACCAUGCAACAACAUCGCACCCUGAUAAAGGAGAACUCCAGUGUGGAAUUGACUUUUGUUGUAGUAAAACAUGAUAAAAAGUACUUACAGUACCUUUCUUCAAUAGCACCCCUCCACUCUCCAGCAGCUUUCUGAGAUCCAGUAUUUUUGGGCUUUAACGGGACAUAUUUGGCCCCUGCAGAUAAAUCACUUUUUACAUCGUUAUUUAGACUCAAAGUAGCUUCACACCUCAUUGGUAGAAUCUGGAGAGCUCUGACAUUUAAAACAAGGCAUGUAGAAGUUUAGUUAAAAAAAACACUGUUGUGUGAAGAUACAAAGUUGGACAAAGAAACUGAAACACCUGGUUUUAGAGCACAGUAAUUGAUUGUGGUGACGGACAGUUCUGGUGGAAACAGGAGAGUUGAGGUGCACAUUGAAUUCUGCGUGAUUUGAUCAGCCGUGGUUUUAUGUUUUUUGGAUACAAUCCGGGUUAGCACCCGAACAUCCCUUUCAGACAGCUUCCUCUUACAGCGUCCACAGUUAAUCCUGUUGGAUGUGGUUGGUGCUUCUUGGUGGUAUGCUGACAUUACCCUGGAUACCGUGGCUCUUGAUGCAUCACAAAGACUUGCUGUCUUGGUCACAGAUGCUCCAGCAAGACGUGCACCAACAAUUUGUCCUCUUUUGAACUCUGGUAUGUCACCCAUAAUGUUAUAGUGUGCAUUGCAAUAUUUAGAGCAGAACUGUGGUCUUACUCUGCUAAUUGAACCUUCACACUCUGCUCUUACUGCUGCAAUGUGCAAUUAAUGAAGAUUGAACACCAGGCUGCUCCAAUUUAGACAUGAAACCUAAAAUCCCACACUAAAAUGAUGACAGGUGUUUCAGUUUCAUUGUAAAAUAUGCCUCAUUAAAACCCAGUCUAAAUCCUUUUUGGACAAAGUAGACAAAAUUACUGGAUCUCGGGAAGCUGCUGGAGAGUGGAGGUGGGAUAUUUAACAUAGGUUAGCACUCUUUAUCAAGUUUUACUACAACAAAAGUCAGUUUCACACCGUAAUUAGUUUGAUUGAUCAAUCGCAGUGACUGUAUAUAAGCAUGGACACUGUGGUUCAAUUGUGUCAAUGCCAUUCCUAUUUCUAUUCUAUAGAAAUUAAGCCGCAACUGUUCGAUAUCUUGGCAAAUUUGCAACCAGAGCUCUCCUAGAGUCUCAGCCCGCCUUCAUUGAGUUUACAUUAGAACAGAAGCAGAGCAGAGUUUUCGACUAUAUUCCCAAUUACUCCAGUUGCACUGCAAAAAAAUCUGUUGGCAAAACUAGAGAAAAUAUAUGUAAAUUGAGACGCAAAUGCCUAAAUGAAGCAAAAAAUCUGCCAAUAGGGUGAGCAGAUUUUUUUGUUAGGAAGAUUUCUUAAAAUGAGCAAUCACAAAGUCUCAACAUGAGUAAAGUAAGACGUAAAUCAAGCCAAAAUUCCUUAUUUUGUGGGUUAAAUUUAUACAGAAAAAUCAGAAUAACUUGGCUCGUGACUUUUUGUGCCUAUUUUGAGUUUAAAUUACUUAAAACGAGGUGAAAAUUCUAAAUAAGACUGAAUUAGAUUAUUAUUCAAAAAAUUAGUAAAGCAAUCUUACACAAAACGAUGCUUAUUAAGUCAAAAAAUCUUAUCAGAGAAAAAAUAUAAGAUUUAUUGCCUUGAAAUUAUAUUAUUUCACUUGCUAAGAUUUAGUUUUUUGCAGUGUAUGGAUAGCAAAUAUAUGUCUCAACAGUUAAAAUGCUGUUUAUUAUUAAGUAUUUUGUUAAGAUUUCUGGGGGAAAAAAUUAAAUUUGGUAACAUUAGCACAGAGAAAACUAGCUGUGGUCAUGCAUCAUACUGCAACCAGCCAGCAGGGGCGCUAGACCAAUAGACCUGUAGACAUAUCGACUUUUGGUGAAUUAACUUUUGAAUUCACGAUGUUGAGAGACGUUAAGUUUUUGUCCAUGCUUAUAUACACUCAUUAAUCAGUACCGUCAUUUAUUAUUUUCGCAAUAUAUAACAUUAAAUUAAGCAGUCUUUGCGUUAAAAAGUCGAUAAUUGAUUGACAGUUGAUUUGCUGAUUGAUUAAACAGCGUAUCAGCUAGUCCUGAAGCAGAAUUGGUUGUAAUUGGUCAGUGUUGUAAACCCUGUGUACAGUAUGGGAUAGUCCAGUAAUUGUAAUAUAACAUUAAUAUUAAUAUUAAUAUUAAAAUGCUGGCACGUUUUCAUCAUGGACCCCCGGCACCCUCCUCCACAUCCUCACCAUCCCCCGGUGUGCAGCAGCAGCAGCAGCAGCAGCAUGUUGACAUGAAACAGGUUUUUGUGUCUCACCCAUGUUCCUUCCCUCUUAUCUACUGCCAUUUCUAAACUUCUGCAGAUAUAAAUCCAUAAAUAUAUACACUAUAUAGGCAAAAGUAUUGGGACACCCGCUAAAUAAUUGUUUAAUUGGAUGUUAAGGGUAUUAAUAAGAGUUUAUUCAUAUUGGAUUUGAUUGAAUUCAGCGAUAAUUAAAUUAAAUUUGUAUUUAAACUGCAUUUUUAAGAUGUUUUUGAGUAUUGGAUAGAGCGCCAUCAUUCCCCAGCUAAAAGUAUUUGGUUAAAAGAACAUUUUCUCAAGGUAUAGUAGACCUACUAGUUUCUCCCUGAGUCUCAGCCCGCCUUCAUUGAGUUUUCAGUGCAUUUUUAUACAGUAUUAUAUUCCCAUUUCCUCCAGAAAUACUAAACCAUUUACAUUUCCAUUAAAUUACAGCAUAAAGCUCAGCAUAGAACUAUUGUUUAACUGGAAGUUAAGGGCAUUAAUACGAGUUUAUCCUGCUUGGAAUUGAUUGCAUUCAGUGAUAAUUAUAUCAAAUUUGCAUUAAAACUGCUUUGUUGGGAAGUAUUGGAUAGUUGGAACUUAAAUGGUGAAAUAAUUGUUAAUGCAACCAACAGCACAUUGAUCACCACAUGAUCAAUAAUAGUGUUAUUGCUAAUUAGCUAACUAUUAUCUAACAGCUCGUCUACAAUUUUCCAGCUACAGUAUUUGAGGUAAUGCAGGCGAUUCUAGGCAAGGUUGUCUGCCAAUCACUUUAUCAGUUUAUCCUCCUAUAAGUGUAGCUCCGACGUGGAUGAUAAACACACAGACUACAGUCCGAUAUACUCAUCUCUGAAUGGCGAAAGAGCUAGUGCUUAGCGCAGUUAGCAGCUAAUGCUAAUGCUGCUCCAGCAGUGCUAUCUGGGGUUAGCAGCAGGCGACAGGCCAGUAAUACUCACCUCUGGAAGGCCAAAGAGCUAGCGUUUCGCAUGGUGCGGUUAGCGGCUAAUGCUAAUACUGCUCCAGUCUUAGAGCUGGAGAAACUUUACUGAAACUCCUGUAUAACUCUGUACUUCAGUGUAUAAGGAGCAUGGGAUCCUUCCCUACAAAUGUUAUAAUGUUAGCUGGACCACUAUACUAUAUAUUGGAAUUAGCAUGGUGUAGUCCUAAUCUAUUGGCAGUAAUUUUUUACACCAUCUAUACAAGCUAGGAGUCUACACAUUUCUUUUUGCACAUCUAUGUCAGCAAUGGAUGCAACAUUUAUUAGACUGGGUGUCCACAAACUUCUGGACAUAUAGUGUAUAUACAUACAGUAAAUAUACAUAGAUAUAUAUAGAUAUAUAUUUGUAAAUUUUCAAAAAAAGUAUGAUAUAUUGUUAUAGGAGUGCCAAAAUAUAAUAAAGUGCAUUGAAAGGUUUUAUAAUUCCCAGUUAAAUAUAUAUAUAUAUAUAUAUAUAUAUAUAAAUAUAUAUAUAUGCAUAAAGCUGAAUUUCCUACUUUCCUAAGCUCUUUAAUGGAUGUUUUCUGUUAUCUGACUCAGACUCUCUUGCACCGUUCUGUUUCCCGCUAGUUUUGUUAGCGUAGCGGUUAUUUAACUUUACGUUGUGUUUCUGAUGAACCACUGGAAGCUGUUGUUUGCGGCAGCAGCCGGCAUGCCAUACACUGUAUAUUCAAGGCUAUAAUAAUUACUAUAAUAAUAAGGAACUAAAGUUAAAUAAAGGGCAUAAGGUAAAUACAUAUUAAAGUAAAUAGCUUGUGUGCAUGAUUAGCCUUAUAGCACAGCCUGUUAGCUUGGUUCAUACUGACUGCAACAAAGUACUGAGGCUACGUUCACACUGCAGGUGAAAUAAACUGGUUUAAAUCUGAUGUCAUCACCAAACUUAUGUUUAUUAUCUUGAUUAUGAGUAUGAUUAUCUUUAUAAUGUGAUCUAGAGCUCUGUAAAAACAUUUCUCCCAAAUUCUAAAUAAAAAUAUUCUCAUUUAGAGCAUUUAUUUACAGAAAAUGAGAAAUGGCUGAAAUAACAAAAAAGAUGCAGAAUUUUCAGACCUCAAAUAAUGCAAAGAAAACAAGUUCAUAUUCAUAAAGUUUUAAGAGUUCAGAAAUAAUCAAUAUUUGGUGGAAUAAUCCUGGUGGUUUUUAAUCACAGUUUUUUUUCAUGCAUCUUGGCAUCAUGUUCUCCUCCACCAGUCUUACACACUGCUUUUGGAUAACUUUAUGCUGCUUUACUCCUGGUGUAAAAAUUCAAGCAGUUCAGUUUGGUGGUUUGAUGGCUUGUGAUCAUCCAUCUUCCUCUUGAUUAUAUUCCAGAGGAUUUUAAUUUAGUAAAAUCAAAGAAACUCAUCAUUUUUAAAGUGCUCUCUAUUUUUUUUUCCAAAGCUGUAUUUCUGCUUUUCUAAUGUCUGUAGCUGAGCUUAUAACUGAUAAUGCUUUACAGCUCACUGUAAAAGGUCUAAAAAAGGUCUAUGUGUAUUGCCACGCCCACUUUUUUAAAACUAAUUUUAUAUUUAGAAUAAGUGUUGCAUCAAAAGCCAUCUAAUUAGUUAGUUUUAACAAUCAGUCCAAAUAUUUAUUUAGGUCUGAAACCACACUGAACCCCUUCCUCACUGCUGUUGUCCAUUUUCUUUCUUUCUGAUUGAAGUAAUAAAAUUAGAUAAAAAAAUAAUCAGUUUUGGGCCACUUUUAUCUGCAGUGUGAAGAAAGCCUGUGAUAAAUCUGUUGUGAUGCAGUGGAUGUUUAAUGCAGAAAUGCUCAGCUGUGAUGAUCUUGUUCUGCCAAUUCCGAUAAAUGUGAAAAGAUCAAAUAUAUUACAUGAAAAAGUUGAAAGAAACAUGUUUUUGAUUUGAUUCAUUGAGGCUGCUUCUCAAAAUGACUAAUUUUAGACUUUUAGAAGCUUUUUGACUUUUAAGAAUUGUAUUUUAAAUGAAUGCUUACACUACCAUUCAAAUGUUUGGAAUAUUAAAUAUAUUUGCAAUUUAAAUGGACCCUAGAAACUGUUUUUACUUUGGUAGAGUUUAACCCUUUUAGACCUGAAUUACUUCCAAUGAUGGACACAAAUCUGAGAAUGCACAGAAAAGAAGAUUCUAAUAAUACUCUACUAUAACACAUAACACAUAAAACACAUAACACAUUAAUCCAAUGAACUACAAUUUUUUUAUACUUUUAAUUAAUAUUUCCGUUGCAUUUGAAGCCUGUGUGUAAUAUAUUAUAUUUCAUAUUGACCUCUUUAUAAAAAAAAAUACAAACUGGAAUAAUUGUAAAAAAGUCUGAAAAGCUAUGCUAUGCUAGGCUAUGCUAGGCUACACCAUUUUGUUAAAUUUUAUUUGUUUUAUCGUUUUUGUUAUACCAUCAUGUUAAAAGCUAUGUUUUGCUUUUUGUUGUUCUUUUUUAGUUAAACUAACAAACAAAAAGACUUUUAAAGAGUUAAAUUUUUUUUUUUUUUUUUAAUAGACUAGGCUACGCUAGGCUAGGUUAUGCUACGCUAGGCUAGGCUAGGCCAUGUGUCAAUGGUCUGUUUUGGUGCUGCAAAACAAUAAAGUUAAUAAAAUGCAGAGCUUUUCAUGAUUUUUUAAAUCUAAAAACCUCCCGUAAAUGAAAAAUCAUAAUAACAGGGUUGUAAAUAAGCAUGUAAAGCAACAUCUGAGCCUUUUUCUUCCAAAACAAUAUCACAUGUCACUCUCCAGUGAAAAACUAGUAUCUCCAUUGUUUGUUUAUUUUUGUUUGGUUUAGUUUUUAAUUUAUUUUCACUGUAUUAAAAUUUAUUGAUGAACAAACCAAGAGAAAUACUUAAAAAUGACCCAAAAUAAACUCUUUUACAUUGACUCAUUAAAUGUUACCUAGGUGUUAUAUUUAUAAGUUGCCACUUUAAAGAUAAUUGGUUUCAUUGGACAGUGAUGAUAUGCACUGAUUAUACAGCAAAGACGUGCUUAAACACUCAGUAAACACGCAAUUGAUUGAUACUUUAAUAUUUCUAGUUACAAUAAAUAAUGAUAAUAAAUUAUGCAAUGUGCUUUUUAUGAAAUGUUGAUUAUAACUAUAACAUUUCUGAGAAAAGUUUUUUUUUUUUUUUU